AAAUGGAAGCAAUCAAAAGUUGUGAUGAAAAUGAGGUUGUGAUGAUACCAAAUGAACCUCCAAGUGAUGAAACAAAGGAAUAUUUUGUACCAAAAAGGGUGAGUUCAAGACUUCAAGAUCGACCAAAGAUGCCUUAUGACAUUUACAACAAGUUCGGUAACAACUUUGUUCAAGCUCAAUAUGCUGAUAAAAAGGUUGAAAAUGAAACAAAUAAAAGAGGAAGUUCACGACUCCAAAAACGAACUAAGAUUCUCUAUGACAUUUACAACAAGAGAGGCAUGAAUUUUGAAGACCAUUUUGUUAAGAAGAGAACCAAGCCCAAUCCUUUGAUGCAACACAAAGCAUUGGCUACUAAAAUAGAUGAAAGUGACCCGUGGUGUCAUUCAGUUGGCUCUAAAGUGAAUGGUGGCAACAAUGAAUCAAGUUCCACAAAUAGUGUUUUACUUGUAUUUGAUGAACUUGACUUUAGGGGCAUUUUGAACUUAAGAGAAACGUUUAGACUUGCCAAUCUACGUAACCUGGCUAAGGAGGAAGAGCAGAAUCAAAACAAGAACCCAAGGAAGAAUAAUAAGACUAUUGCCACACUUUUGGGGGCUAGCAAUGAGGUUAAGAAUGGCAAUGAUGAUGAAGGUGUUCCUGGACUCACUACAUCAAGAUAUCUAAUGAAUAAGCUUCAAGAACUUGCUAAAGUUGGGAUGGAUAAGAUAUUUAGAGAGAAGAGGAAUAUUAGAGACAACUAG